AUGGAAAAGGAUGGCAUGAAAAAGACAAGGAAGGAGAGAGCAAAAAAAAAUGAGGAAAAAAGGAAAAAACAUUUCUUGGAUUCCGUCACAUCCAGAGCGGAAGAAGAUUUCACAACGAGAGGCGACAGAAGGAAAAAGCUAAAAAUACAGGCGGAGCAGAAAACGAACUUAAAAGUAAAAUUAAUGAAUAUAAAGCCAUUAUCUAUAAUUGAAACUUCACACCGCCAGUCAAGGGCACCCGCCCCCAGAGAGGUACAGACGCCGGACUUCCUGAAUCAGUUAAUUGGUGUGAAGUCAUUACCGAGGCACCCAGGGCGAGGUGGGAGGGGUCAUUCCACCCCAUUGGUCCACGGGCCACCGAGCGCCCUCGUACCGGAUCCUCUUAAACCUACCUAA